GCGCGCGCACCGUUCGUCCUCUUGUCGAAAGAGAACGAAAAAAAGGAAAAAAAAAAAAAAGGGUCCGAAAGACACACUCCAGGAAUCUGUGACGCUGCACGUUAGUGUGCUUUAUCCGCGUCUCGGGAUCUGGUCGAUGUGAAAGCGAUCGAGGCAAAACGACAAAAUGCCGACCAAAAGGUCGGCAAUGGAAGAGGCGGCGUGAACGGUUAAAAGACAACAGCAACGUGUCUGAGCACUUUAACCGUUAAAAAAGCGUUCUGACGUCAUCACCUUGGUUUCCAAAAAGUAUUCUUUGAGUUGAAACGAACAUGUCAAAACCAUUCUUGGCUUGGUGCAGUCGCUAAAACGGCUAUAGUGUGUCGGACCUUAUAUUGAUCGGUUUCGCGCAACCCACCACGGAGCUGUCAAGGUUUUCUCAAUAAAAGAUGCCAGUGUUGACGUCAUCGACUUCAUCACCAAGCCGGCGACUUGGAGGAUCGUACACCUCUUACAGUUCGUCAUACGGCGGGGGCGGCAGUUCUUACUCGCGUUCGUCAUCGACGUUCAGCAGUAGCACAACCGGCCGGACGUCCAGUUUGGACCGUUCGCCUUACUCUUCAAGCUAUGUUAGUAGCAGCUACAAGUACACGAGUCCCUCGGUGUCGAUUACGAGGGAUUAUUCGGUAUCCUCUAGACCCCCCAUAUCGUCGACGAGAACCAGUUCUUCCUUGUACAGUUCUUCGUCGACACGGACAUCGCCAGCGCGUAGCUAUUUUUCAUCACGAAAAUCGACUUCGGAAGAUGGCGCCAGCGGUUCGCGGAAUCGGGAGACUCAGUCGGAAACGAGAGAUUUAUCCACCAACAGCAAUAAUAAUUACCUGAACGGAAACAUCAAAAAGUCACGAGAUUACUCGUCCAAUUUCGUGCCUUCGUCCACUUUAUCGAAAUAUCGAGCGGAGCGCGCCAGUCUGACUAAUGGGUCGUCUAGCAUCUCGUCGCGAACGAAAUACUCUUCGGAGAGGGAUCCCGAAGUGCCGAAAAUCAGCGACCGGAUUCGUAAUUUUCAGCCGUCCAAAUCGGUGGGGGAAACUCCCGUUUUCAGAUCGCGUUUCCUUCGCUCCUCGCAGCCAGACGCUGAUAAAAAGGAACGCCAGGAAGCGGAAAAUGCAGAAGAUGUACGACCGACUGUUUCUGAUUUGCGACGACGCUACGACCAGAAUCGCAAUCACGUGACUCCCGAGAGAAGCCGGACGCCGGCAGCCACUUCGACUGUUUUCAGUAGCAAGCCACCGAUUGGUGGAUCCAAAUUGAACCGAACGACAGCGUCCGGCUACGGUUCAGACAGCGACGAAUCUGUGGAACUCGAUGGAAGGAGCACUCCAGUCAACCAGCGUCUCGCAGCAGUUGGCCCGGCUGUACGCGCCCAAAACAGUCAGGCGCCCGACAGGAUCGUCAAUGGAGAUAGAGCCUCCCCAGCCAGACCGGCCGUCACGAAAGAUGUAGCUCGAUCAUCUUCGCCAUCUACGCUCUCAUCCUCAUCAGACGGCGAUAAUCAGGAUGGCGGACAUCUUUCGGCUAUUCGAUCUUCAGCUACCUCAGCAAAGUUGGGUGGAGCGAGAGCGUCACGGCAUUCGAUUUCGGAUUCAGUCGAUCAGACGUCAGAGACGUCGUCACCAAAAUUGGCGCCCAGAUCACGCACCUGUAGUUCAAGCCAAUCCAAGACGACGUCCAAAGAGAGCACAGGAUUGGUCGGUCUUAGAAAUAUUGGCAAUACGUGUUUUAUGAAUUCGGUGCUACAGUGUUUGAGCAACACUCGCUCUGUGCUCGAAUACGUCAUAUCCAAUGAGUACACCAAUCACAUUAAUACUUCCACGUCCUCGAUGAACGGAGCUCUCAUUAAAGCUUUCGCUAUUGUCUUGGCCGAGUUAUGGAAGAAGGAUGAAGAUGAAGAGGAUUCGUACUCGUCUAGCGCUGUUAAUCCAACAGCUCUGAAAAGCCAGAUUCAGAAAUUUGCCCCACGUUUUAUGGGUUAUAAUCAACAAGACGCCCAAGAAUUUCUUAGAUACCUUUUGGAGGGUUUGCACGAGGAUGUUAACAGAAUUGCUGUCAAACCUCGACCCCUCGAACAUGACAUUUCAGAUGAUUUGAGUGAUUCAGAGAAGGCCAUGGAAUCCUGGAAGCGUUACUUGAGAAGAGAUGAUUCAAAAAUUGUGGAUCUUUUCGUCGGUCAACUCAAAUCGACUUUACAGUGCACUGUCUGCGGUCACUGCAGCGUCACGUUUGAUCCUUUUUGGGAUCUUUCUCUGCCUAUCCCGCCGUCCAGCAAAUCCAGUGUCAAGUUGUACCACUGUCUCGAUCUUUUUGGAAAAGAAGAAAUACUCGAUGGUGAUGAAAAACCGACGUGUGCGAAAUGCCAAACUCGGCGCAAGUGCACCAAAAAAUUCACCAUUCACAAGUUCCCUCAAAUUCUUGUGCUUCAUUUGAAGCGAUUCAGUCCCGGUGAGCGAUUUCGCAAACUGGAUGCCAGCGUAGAUUUCCCUCUGACAGAUUUGGACAUGUCGGCUUACACCAGUCCAGGUAUCAAACAAUUACCGUGCAGCUAUCAACUCUACGGAGUUAUCAACCAUUCGGGAUCGGCCUAUUCGGGACAUUAUACAGCCUCAUGCCGCCAUCCCUUCAGUGGCAAUUGGCACGAGUACAACGAUUCUAGGAUUUCAAAUCUGACACCCCAGCGUGUCGUCUCAUCGGAGGCUUAUCUACUAUUCUACGAGUUGGAAUCGAAUGAUGCUCGUUUAUAGUUGUUUCGGACAAAUCAUAAAUGAUAAGGGAAGAAAAAGACGCAAAAAAAAAUGAAUAAAUGCCCACCCCCUCCCUCAACGCACUUAACACGAUAACUUUAAAAUUUAGGAAUAAAUAUUCUUUCGAUUUCAUCAUUUAAUGGUGUGUAUACAUGCGUAGGCCAGAAAUGCUGCAUUGGUAAUAGUUCACCAAUAAAAGAAAAGAAAUACCCAUAUUUUUUAGGCGGAUGCAAUCCCGAAAUGAGAAGAGGAUUCGAAUGUGUUCAACAAACACAAGAAUAUCAAUGAUUGUGAGCUAGUCAGAAGUUGUAUUUUUUUUUUAAGAAGAUCGGAAGAAAGGACAAGUAUUGUGUUUGUGAUUCAUCCAGUUAUUUCACCCAUGCAUAGUCUGUUACUGUUAAAAAACAAAAACAAAAAACAUUAUUUCGCUCUACUUGAAACUUAAUUGCUUUUAUGGUUAAACAUCUCAUUUUUUUUUUUCAGUGAAAAAACAUACAAAAAGAGAUUUCGCGAAAAUUGAAUCAGCAGUUGUUUUCGUUCUGUUAAAUUUGUUACUCUUUUUCCUCCCGGUAGAAAUCCUGUAUGCAAACUGCCUUCCCGCCCCACUGUCAGUACUUCUCGAGUCUUUCAAAUUGAGACAUGCAUCUGUUUAAAAAAAAAAAGAAAAAUAGCUUUGUUUCAUCACUACUAAAAAAAUGAGUUUUUUUUCUUUCUUUCUUUUGUUGUUUCUAUCAUUACACAUUGAAAAAAAAAACGAAAAAAGAAAUCAGUUUUAUUCUUUUUACCGCUAGAUGGAGUGGACCUCUUUGCGCCACGUUUAUUCAUUCCCGGCAGUCGCUCGCCAUCGUCUGUGUUACCGCCGUGCCGUCUAAAAAUUUUAUCGUAUACCAUCCAAGACACCACACGCACGACAAAAAAACGAGUCGGGGUGUGGUCGGGCUUGAAAAUGGGUACCUUUUUUUCCCGAUGCGUCGUCCUGUGUGUAUUUUCUCAUUUGGAAUUUUCCACCACUUUGCCUUGCAACGGAAUGCCAUCCGUUGCCCACACACACAUUUUUCUAAUGCUUUUAACGAUGAAAGAAGAACACGUUCGCGUUUUUCCUCUUUCAGAAAAAAUACAUUAUCGUCAGUGACGAGCCGUCGGCGCCCGACAAAGACACCUAUUUGACGCCGCUUUGUCCAAGUCGACGCCUUGUACAUCAAACGCACUACAUAGACUUGCUUAAGAAUAAGCACAUUGUUUAAUUUUUUGUGUCGUUUUUUUCUUUUCUGUUUCGUAAUGACGAGUCUGGUGGUAACACACACUCUAUCUCGCUGUUCUAUUUUCAGUGCGUGAGGAGGCCAGUAGGCGGGGUGUCGUCGUCGGGCGGAUUCUAACACCUUGAUGGAUAAACGAACUUCGUGUGUAACAGCCAUGACCUUAUUUUCCCUUUACACAAGAAAAACGCAGCCCUGCUGUCUCGCCUUUUCUGCUUCUUAAUAAUUUUUGUUUCUUUUAUGUGGAAAGAACGCUAUCUCUUCGUUUAGGGUCCAUACACCACGGGAGAUGAUUUUCUGAUUGUCUAUUUCACCUUGUUGCAUUUGAUGGCUGUCUCAUUAUCCGAAUAGGAUGCCGCUCUUUUGAUGGAUAGUGAUUUAAGCACCUUCUCACUUUAAAGUUCCCCAUCGAGAGGUAACGAAUUAAAAAAUGUUGUACAUUUCAGUUCACUCGGUUAAACUUUCCGAUUUAUCUUGAACAUCUUGUCUAUUUUCCAAAAUGGUCACCUCAUAAGAAAUCGUGUAUAGCCAGUGAAAAAAGAAAAGAAAAAAAAUAAUAAAAUCAAAAAGAAAGAAAAAGGGACUGUCUAGACGACGUCUGGCUGUCCUCGAAAAAGAAAUAGCCUUCGACGCUUUCGAGGGAGAGGUUGGUUCAAGAGAGAGAACCAUCGUUCAGUCUACACAAUAGUCACGGUCUGACUUAUUCUGUUGAGUCAUAAUCCGCGGGUUGCCAACACCGCGACUCCCACCCCGUCUGCUGCUUGAUGGCCUAUAUACCACUCCCCCCUCCUCCUCCUGCCUGCUGGAUAGAAGGCCUAAUACUCCCACAGUUCGUGUUAAGCCUUGCACUUUGUCAGAAUACGCGAAAUUCUUAAGGCAACUCGUAUAUGUGCUGGAAAUCUGAUGCCUUUGAUAGUUUUCUCCUUUUUCCCUGUAAAAUUGUGAGAUAAUAUUUACGGCUAAUGAUAUCAGUCAACGGUUUGUGCGUUCAGGUGUUUUUAAUGAGGAUUUAUUCAUUUUUGAUGAAGGUGCAGCAAUGCAGGUGUGGCAUCACCUAUUCAUUCUCAUCCGCUGAGCCAUAACCGCUGCUUGCACAUCAAUAUUGGCUUGAUUGAUUAGAAAAGAGCUUGUUAACUCACGAUUGGUCGAGAUAAAAUGAUAAAAUAACGGUGUACAGCUAGUGGCCUUCGCCCUUUGUCCACACAAUCGAUUUUUUUGGUCUGACUUGCUAAUUAUUUUCGGUUGUUGUCCUAAAGGGUUAACUGUCCUUUUGUUCAACUCCGCCUUUCAUUCGACAUUUGAUAUCUGAAAUUACACCCAACAAAAAUAUGCAUAUUUUUUUCAUUUCAGCAAAAUCUUAUCAAUGUUACACUGUUGCAACGUGGUAGGCUUUAAUAUAACAAAUAGCGUCGUCGAAUGGCGGGCGGAAGGGCUGGCCCAGAAUACAUUUUAUGAUAUUGUAUACUUUUUUUUCCCACAUAUUAUUAUAUAUCAACGUUGUGUACAGCAGCCCACUACAUAGACUAUCACUAGGACAAAGGCCUGCACGAGCUGCAGGCGGGUUCACAGCUCGUCGAACUCGAAGAAGAAAACAAAAAAAAAAAAGAAAACACACGAGUUUGAUCCGAACCGCGUCCUACAUUUUCCCAACAGACACACUGGCGCACGCUCACGUUAGACUAUGUAACAGUAUGUUCUUGGUGUUUUUCUGCUACGGUCCUCAGCAGUAAAAACAUUGGACACGAAAAAAAAAAACAUGGGGAAUAUGAGAGAUUCUUUUUUCUUACAUAUUAAUUAAUUAACUUUGAAAUAAUCGAAUGAACUCGAUCAAAGCAGACGAAUGUGUGGUCAUCAAUCGGCCGGUAAGAUGGCGUUCAUGUUUGGGCACUUCGGGGGGGAAGACUCUUUCUCUUGUCUAGGCAAAAAAAAAAAAUUGUUACUGCACGACCGAAACAGCACAAGUUGGUCUGCCUUUGCAAAAUGCGACAGUCUCAGUGGCAACGCGAGAGCGAAUAAUAACCACUUCCAUCUUCUCCCACGUCGAAAAGAAGUGUUGUAAUGUAAAUUAUGGGUCAGACGAAAAGAAAUUUGUAUGGCGUAUUUGUCGUCACGUGAUUUGCUGGAUUAUUACCGACUCGUUAAAAAAAUCCGAAAGAAAACUGUGAAUCAGCUGACACACGUUUCGCCCGAAUUAGAUGAUUGAAAUAACAAAGUUUACUUCGUUCCCAUAAUGAUUUAUUCUAUUUCGGUUUUGACCGUCAUGAAUGGAAAAGAACUCAAAACUACUCUUACUCGCUAAUCUGGCCCGUUCCCUGAGACCCUAACUUGUGAGUGAUUGGAAUAAACUUAUCACAGGCUAGAUUCUCAGGUAUGGGACGAUGAAUGACGACGCCGCCCGAGCCCAUCACGAGCCGCAGGGCAACUGUGCCUUUUCUUUGUUCACAUUUUUUUCUUACAUUUCAUGCCUUUGUGUAUUUCAUUAUUUUUCUAAAAUUGGAACUAUAAAUAUGAAUCUAAUCUUAUAUUUUACGCAGAUUUAAGUCUUAAUCCAAGCUGUUUCCUCGCUAAUAAAGUAAAAUUCCUUGCUUACCUUCUUCUAGGCUUGAAGGAACCAGACUAUUUCGAGGUCAUGGAGUACAUAAAGGCUUCGUGAAAAGAAAAAAAAAGUUGGAACAACGUACACUAGUGUAUCCUGGUGUACUAUAUUGUUUGUGCUGACAUGCGACAUGGAAAUGAUUCAUUCGCACACUCCUUGAACUCCCUUUAUAACUCGUCCCACUUUUUAUCUGCGUGGGAUUUUUAAAAGAAAAAGAAAGAAAAGUUGCCGCGGGCAAGGACCGUAAUUCACCUUUCGAGGGAUUUUUACACCAAUCUUUUUGUCUUAUAUUUUUAUUAUAUUACAGGUCCAGUCUGCUGGUCCAUAAUUUUUCCGUUUGGUUGGCUCCAACAUGCCUUUUGUCUGCUGUUUUCGGGUGGGCUGCCGUCAGACUGCUCUGUGCCGUUGGCCCUUUGUCUGCUGCUAAAACAUUUAUUUUGAAAAAUUUGAUUAACAAAGAGAAUAAACUAUCUUGGGCAAUAUG